AUGGGUUACCGUAUAAUUACUUUUGUUUUAGUGGUAUUUUUAUUUGGAACAUCGACGGUCGCAAAUCAUAGAAAAUGUGGAUGUUUGAAAGCUUAUCAGAUUGCAGCGUGUAAUGCAGUAUUCAGCCCGAGGGCAAUGGAAGUGAAUUGCUGUCACCCAAUGAAAAUUUUAGUGGACGCGAAUAAUCAGUGCCUGGGCGAACUAGAUACUGACAAAUUUACCUGUGCGGUAUCAAAAUGUGCAACAGAGAAGUUUAAAAUAAGAUCAGGAGACCACAUAGAUCUAGAAAAAGUAAAAUCGGUGAGUCAGAGAAUUGGCGACAACGAUCCCGAGACCUUACCACCGAUUGAAGAAAUAAAGAAAAACUGUUUGGACGAUCGCUACCUUCGUUUUGUUACUACGGACUCCUGCUGUGAUACUAUGAAGUUUCAAGUCUGUGCCUACGUUAGCGCUCUGAUGGGUUGCCAGAAGUUCUACACUCACCCGCACAGAUGUAGGAGGCUGGCAAUAAAUGUGGCUAUUUGCAAGCCGGUCCUUCAAGACUACUUGGACUACAUCAAUGGAAGUAGCUCUUGCUGA